GCCACAAAAAGCGCAGGUGUGCUAACAGCUAUGGAAAUCGGUAGCAGGAGCAGAUUUUCCUUUCUUUUUCCAUCGCGGAGGGGUAUGUCUCGCAGCGCAGGACGGUGCGAGGAGCGCACAGGACGGGCGCGGAGCAGCGGCGCGCAGGGUCCUUUUGGAGCCUACGGGACCCCGAGAAAAGCCAAAUUCCUUCUGGGGGGCGGGGGGGAGGUGCUCAGUGAUGGGGAGAAGGAAGGCGGAGGGCGGGGAAGGCACGGAUCCGCACCGCCCUCGGCGGGGCCCCGCGCAGCGCUCGCCAGCAGCCGCCUCCGCUUCCCAGCGCGCCCCGAGCAGAGGCUCAAACUGAAAGUAAAUUAAAAAAAAAAAACAAAACGAAACAGCCACUCAAAACAAAGCAAACUCCAGCAAAGAUCCGCAACAAAACAGCCCCCAACCCAACAGCACAGAGACGGGGGUGCCAGGCGGUGGUCCCUUGUGAAGCGGAAUAAAGAUGUCAUGGGACAGCAGUGCAGCAAAGGCUGAAGGCUUCAGACACACUGGUCCUGCUAACGCCUCACUCUGACUGCCCUUGGCAUCCUGUGGGCCUGACAGUGCAACAUGGUCAGGAUGAGGAGGAAGAGGCUGUGGGCAUCUUGCAUCUGCUUUGCAGUUUUCUUUUUCCUUGUGAUGAUGCUUCAGGUUAUCACUGAACUGGGCAAUUCAGAAAGUCAGGCAGCAGCAGUCUUACACAGUGGCCCACUGAAACCUGAUGAGAGACAUGCUUCCCAGCUUCAAAAGAAGGAACUUUACAGCAACUUCAGGAUGGAGCCUGAUACAGAUCACUACCCCAUCCUGCUCUGGUGGUCUCCUCUGACUGGAGAGACAGGGAGAUUGGGGCAGUGUGGUGAGGAUGUUUGUUUCUUUACUAUUAACAAGACCUACCAGCACAGUCAGAUGACAAGAGCUUUUUUGUUCUAUGGUACUGAUUUCGGUGUAGACAGCCUACCCCUUCCUCGAAAAGACCAUCACGAUUGGGCCCUUUUCCAUGAGGAGUCACCAAAAAACAACUACAAACUUUUCCAUGAACCAGCUAUCACCUUGUUCAACCACACUGCAACUUUCAGCCGUCAUUCUCACCUACCGCUGACCACUCAGUACCUUGAGAACGUAGAGGUCCUCAGGUCCUUGAGACAUAUGAUCCCAGUGCAGAUGAAGAACAGCCUGAGGAAGCAGCUUGCACCACUUGUGUAUGUGCAGUCUGACUGCAAUGCUCCUUCUGACCGGGACAGCUAUGUACGUGAGUUGAUGUGCCACAUUGAAGUAGACUCUUAUGGAGAAUGUCUGCAUAACAGAGACCUUCCUCAGUAUCUCAGAAAUCCAUCUGCCAUGGAUGAUGAGAACUUCUAUAAAAUACUGGCGCAGUACAAGUUCAUUCUUGCUUUUGAAAAUGCUAUCUGUGAAGAUUAUAUCACUGAAAAACUCUGGCGGCCUCUGAUGCUGGGAGUGGUACCUGUGUACUUUGGUUCUCCCAGCAUUAUAGACUGGCUUCCCAGCAACAAGAGUGCAAUCUUGGUAUCUAGUUUUUCACACCCUCGAGAGCUGGCCCACUAUAUCAAAACGCUGGAUCAAAAUGACCAGGAGUAUGAGGCCUACCUGGAAUGGAAACUGAAAGGAGACAUUUCCAAUCCAAGGCUGCUUACAGCAAUGAAGGAACGCAAAUGGGGAGUGCAAGAUAUCACUCAGGACAAUUACAUUGACACAUUUGAGUGCAUGGUGUGUAACAGAGUGUGGGAAAACAUCAGAAGAGAACAAAAGGGAUGGCUGCCCCAGAGGUGGAGUGCUCAGGUUAAACAUCUGAACUGCCCCAAACCUGAGGCUUUCUGGUUCUCCUCUUCAAAUCCCAGCCAGACCUCCCUCCAAGAGAUGUGGAUAGCAAGUUUUGAGCAGUCCAAGAAGGAAGCCUGGGCGCUGAGGAAGCUGGUGGAAAGGAACAGGAAUUUUACAGCUCAAGAAUUUUGGAUGCUUGUAUUCAAAGAAUAAAUACAACAACUGUAAAA